AUGAGUAUGAAAGCAGUAGUAUUCCAUGCUCCCUAUGAUAUUAGAACAGAGGAGAAGCCAGUUCCAAAGAUUGAAAACCCCACUGAUGUUGUGUUGAAAGUAAAAUACUCUGGAUUAUGUGGUACAGAUUUGCACACUUACAGGGGACAUAUUCCUGGCCCUGUCAACCAAGCAAUUGGACAUGAAUUUUUGGGAACAAUCGUAGAAGUGGGAAGUGAUGUUGAAAACUUCAGAAAGGGUGACGAAGUCUUAAGUACUUUUACUAUUCAAUGUGGGAAAUGCUGGUACUGUAAGCAUGGCUACUCUGGCCAAUGUAAAGAGACCAAUACCUUUGGUAAGUCGGGGUUACCAGGUGGGCAAGCGGAGUAUGUGAGGGUUCCAAAUGCCGAUUCCACCCUAAUCCGAAAGCCCCAGUCGCAAGAUGACGUCGAUGAUUCAGUUUAUGUUUUAAUGGCUGAUAUUUUUAUUACAGGAUAUUACGGGGUGAAGAAGAUAAUUAAUCACUUAAAAAAUGAGGCUGCUGUCGGCGUCCUGGCUGAGGAAAGAAAGGAUGUGACAGUGCUACAAGUUGGCGUGGGACCAGUUGGGCUUUGUGCCUUGGAAGUUUUCAAAUAUUUCGGCUUCGAAAAAAUAGUUUGCGUUGACAGUGUUCCAUCACGUUUGGAAGAAGCAAAGAGAAGAGGCGCUUACCAGGUGAUCAAUUUUGAGACUGACAAAGAUUCGCUUAAUGCAUUCAUAAAAAGCGAAACAGGAAAUAUGGGUUUUGACGUCGUCUUAGAAGGUGUCGGUGCAGAGAGUGCCUUGAGAACUGCUUAUGAUUCUGUCAGAGGGAACGGCUUUAUUUCUUCAAUUGGAAUGGCACACGGUCCUCUUCCAUUUAAUGGCCUCGAAUGCUACAUUAAGAAUAUCAAUAUAUCUUUUGGUAGGUGUCAUGCAUGGUCACUAUUUGCAGAAGCAUUAAAGAUCUUUGAAGAGUUGAAGAAGAAUUUUGAAAGUUUCAUAGACAUGAAGAUCAACAUUAAGGAUACCCCCAAAGCCUUCGAGUUAUUUGAUAAGCACAAAGUGAACAAAGUCGUCAUUGAUUUUACAAAAUGA